GUUUUUGAGUGCUGCAAGAGUUUCAAGCAUGAUAAUUCGAGAAAAUGCGAGGCUGUUCUUCUUGUCCGCCCUGAGCUCGAACGCCAAGUGCGAAGACGUUCUUCGACCGUCGGACUUCGACUUCCGGCUGGCGAGAAAGAGCGACAUCAAGUCCAUCCGGCACUGCAACUUAGAGACGCUCCCCGAGAACUACUCCACGGAUUUCUACGACACACAUAUUAAGGAUUGGCCGGAGCUGGCGCUGGUGGCGGAGCAUGCUGACCGACGGCGGAACGAGGACCAACAGCCUCAGGUUGUCGGUUAUGUCCUCGGACGGAUAGAGAUUAACAACGCCAACGCCAACGCCAACGCCAACACGGCCCUGCCCGGAUGGUCGUGUAGAACUCAGAAGAGCGGCAGGGGAGGUGCGAUGAUGAAAGCUCCACCGACGGGGCACGUGACGUCUCUGGCAGUCUUGCCCGGCUUCCGGAGGUGCGGCGCAGCGAGUCAGCUCAUGGACAUGCUUCACGAGCGGAUGAACUACCACUACAGGGCCAACAAGGUGUCGCUGCACGUGAGAAAAUCGAACCGCGGGGCAAUCCGUCUGUACGAAGAGCUCCUCGGCUACAAGGUCGCCGGCGUUGCCUCGUCCUACUAUUCAGAUGGGGAGGAUGCCUUCGUGAUGGAAGCUGAGCUGCCGGAAGUCGAUUCCCAGCCUGCCGACAACAUCAGGGGUGCUUCCGCGUUACCGCGGAGCCUCGACGGUACGAGCACCACCGUCCGCAGCACCAGCGGCCGCGAGAGAGCCGGGCUCGUCACAACAGCAGCCGCCAACAGCAGCAGCACCAGCGGGAGCAGCGGGAGCGGCAAGGGUGGGCUUGUGACAGCGUCGAGCGCCUCCGGCGCCGGCGCCGACCACCGCGUGUAUAGCCGCAACAACGUGGGCUUCGUCACAGCGGCAGCAGCAGCGGCAGCGGCAGCGGCUGCGGCAGCGGCACCGCCAACAGCAGCAGCAGCGGCACCGCCAACAGCAGCAGCAGCGUCAGCGCCGCCCCUUGUCUUGCAGGCAGUCGUGUCCACCCCUAGGACGCCCGGCGGCGGCGACGGCGGGGGGAGCCGUAGUUGCGGGCUAGAUCGGCGGGGGUACGGCACGAUGUCGGGUUCCCGCGGGGUGCAGCACCCUUGCGGGGAUAGCGGUGGCGGGGCUGCGGCUACCGCUUAGGCCAGGGAAAGGAUGCUUUGGUGCGUAUUGUGGUUGCGGGAGGGGGGUGGUAGUGGACAAGGUGUAACGGGUGCUCUUCGGUGCUCGAACCAUCCGUCUUGUCUUCUGCCAAGACGUACAUCUUGCGUAGAUGCUAUCGCGGUUUGAUUCCCGGUUCGGGCUUUUGGCUUGUCGGUUGUUUUGGUGUCAGCAAAGCCUGCAAAUCUAUCUCUCAUGCAGUCCAGACUGGACCAGCAUGGAACUGGUUGAGCAUGGGUUUUCUUUCAACACGGUCUGCUUUGUUUUGUAAGUUGUUGGACGGUGUGGUCUACUCUGUCUAUUCUUGGUGAAGGACUUCUCUUCUCUUCACCCUGGGUAUCAUAGUUAAUUGAGUUUUAUGGAUGGAACAGUUGGAGGUUGAUUCUUGCUCCCCUUUCGGGCAACGUGGAGGGGUUGUGUGAACCGAGUGUAUGCGUAGAUGGGCAGGACAGACGACGUUUCGCGGCAACACACAACUCUGUAACAACGUUGUUGCGUUUAGUCCGCCUUAUGGCUUAACGUUUUGCUGCUUUCUCACAGGAGGAUUGGCAAUUUCUUUGGCAGGGAGUACAAGCUCUCCAUGACCCGAACAAGAAACAUGCACUCUGCUGUGGUGUUCGACGUUUUUAUCCAUCCCGCAAUGUCGUUUGAGCCUAGGCAGGCCUUUCUUUUAACCGAGCGUUUGUUGUUUCUAAUGUUGCGGAGUUUAGGAGUCAUGCUCAUGUCCGCGGGGCGAUAUCAUGCAAAAAUGUUGGCGAGCAGGACGUACCCUUUACAUUUCGUUGUCUGUUUCGUGGGGGGCGUUCUUCACUGCAGGUUAGGGGGGUCCAUUGCCGAGAAACGAACGGGCGAGUGUCAUGCAUGCCGGAGAACCUGUUGGUUCGUUUCGGCAAGGUUGCUUUCCUGGGAAAUUUGGGAUGCGAGAGGCAGCACAGCGCACGACCCGAGCAGCGAAAUUUCUCGGGGGGUGUUAGUUUUGUACGCGUUCGUGCUCGGCCUCUCCCUCAAGGGUAGUCUAUGUAGACUGCACUUCAUUUUUCCGUGUCCAUAUAUAUGUUUUUUGUAGAGAAACACAAAACCAUGGUACGUAGUUCUUAGCGUUUCAGCAACUUUCGCUUUGUGAUACGUAGUUUCUUGCGGGGUAAGACAACGACGAAGGCGCCAAGUGUGAUAUAAUAGGUUGAUUAUUGUGGGGAUAGUUAGCAGUGGGGGGGCACAAG